AUGUGCGGAACAUUUCAGUCUAAAUUUAAGCGCAACAACAAAAUAGCGCCUGUACCAUGUCCUUUUGAACUAGAGGUUCUGAAAAGAGCAAAGAUCCAAAUCGAGAAAGAAAAAGCUCUUUUGAAGAAGGAAAUCGCCAUACAAACCGGAUCAAGUCUCUUAUUCCUGGAUACCGAGAGCAGGAGAAGUAAAACGCCAGCUUGCGUUGCAUAUGAUUUGAAUUUGGAUGGCAACGUUGUGCAAAAGGGUUUGAAAGCAACCUGUCCACGAAGACUGGCAAGCGAUCCGAAGUUGCCCGUCCUGACAAGAGAGAUGCUGCUUGAGAAGCAGGCACAGGCAAAAGAGAACAGAAACAAGCAGCUGGAAAAUAAAAGGAAAGGAGCCGCCUUGAAAUCUUUGCGAGCGAGGGAGAAGAAAUUAGAAGAGGAAGAAGAAAAGUUGAACAAGAUUGCAAAGAUAAACGAAAAGCUAUGCAAGGCCGACGCGAACAGACAAGCUCAACUCGAAGGUGUUAAAACUAAAGCCAAGAAAUCCUCCAACAACACACGCAGCAAGAUAGCUGAGGCACAGAACUUUGCCAAAGCGCAACAGACCUUGGUGCAGAGUGACAGAAAAUUGAAAGAAGCUCAAACCAAAAGAGAAAAAGCUGUUAACAAGGUUGUCAGAAAACAGCGACAACGUGAAGCACAAGCCCAGAAAGUCCGACAAAGGGCAGCCAAGCAAAUGCAGGAAUGUGUUCGUGUGUUUGAUCUGGAAGUCGAUUCACACUUCUAUGCAUCGGACAGCGAGAGUGACAAAGAUGACAUGUGGGAUGCUGCAUUCUGGGACAGAAAAGUCUAA